UAGUGUUACAAGAGAUGACUACAGGUCGAACAAUGACAAAAACAGCGCUACUUUUCUCUCUCUAAAGAGGUUGGUGGUUCGAUGGUGCUUGGUGGUCAAAGAUGAAGAUGGCUGAUGGUUCUGUAAUUUGGCGACGAAACCGCCCCGGCACCAAAGCCAAGGACUUCUGUCGAUGGCCUGACGAGCCCUUCGAGGAGAUGGACAGCACCCUCGCCGUCCAGCAGUACAUCCAGCAGCUGAUCAGAAACAAUCCUGCCAACAUCGACCUCAUCCUCAAAAUGCCCGACAACCAGGACGAGGGGGUGUGGAAGUACGAACACUUGCGGCAGUUCUGCAUGGAGCUGAACGGGCUGGCCGUGCGGCUGCAGGGGGAGUGCCACCCCGAGACCUGCACGCAGAUGACGGCCACUGAGCAGUGGAUUUUCCUGUGCGCGGCGCACAAGACGCCCAAGGAGUGCCCCGCCAUUGACUACACGAGACACACGCUCGACGGGGCCGCUUGUCUCCUCAACAGCAACAAGUAUUUUCCGAGCAGAGUCAGUAUUAAGGAGUCGUCGGUGGCCAAGUUGGGGUCGGUCUGUCGGAGGGUCUACCGGAUUUUCUCGCACGCGUAUUUUCACCACAGGUCGAUUUUCGACGAGUUCGAAAACGAAACGUUUCUGUGCAAACGAUUCACGCAAUUCGUCACCAAGUAUAAUCUCAUGUCGAAAGAUAAUCUCAUUGUUCCGAUCCUCGAAGAUGAAAACACACCAGGCGAAUCCGAGGCGUAAACUUUAACUAAAUUCAAUGUUUUUCCGACAUACCACCGUUGGUAUUAACGACUUGUUCAUACUGAACAGAUGGGCUUUUUUCGAUUCGGUUUACAUUACUUUUCAAGCAUCAACUGUAUUAUAAGACAUCUCAGAUUUUAUUUUUUCACCUACAUUUUUAUUUGUGGUGUUGUGCUCGAUAUGCUUUUUUAAGCAACUCACCAUUGAGUGGAAAUUUAUUUUGUUAAAUUGAUAUAAGUCAUGUAAUAUAUUUAUUUUCAAUUAGAAGCUGUCUAGGGAUAGAAAAUAUGACAAAUAAAUAACUAUACUAGGAA